CAAAUUGGUUCUCAUUAUUGCCAAUCUUGUGCUUAUAAAAAGGGAAUCUGUGCGAUGUGCGGCAAAAAAAUGAUUGACACUAAAUGUUACAGACAGUCUUCUACGUGAAAUUUUCAAGAAUAACUACAAUUCAAAAUGAAUUCAGAGAUAAUUCGAAACAAUAUGAUUCAACUUCAUUCAGCCAUCUAUGGAGGACAUCUAGAAAUUGUAAAGGAGCUUUUACAAAAAGAAAUUAACAUCAAUGAUCAAAAUGAGAAUGGGGAAACCAUUUUGUACCAUGCAGUUAAAGCAGGAAAUUUAAUGAUUGUUAAAGAAAUUUUAAAGUAUCAUCCUGAUGUUAAUGAAGAAAAACACGCAUUGCACAUUGCAGUUGAAAAUGGAUCAGAAGAGUUGGUUGAAAUAUUGCUUGAAUAUGGUGCGAAAAUUGAAUGUAAAAAUAAUAAUGGCUACACACCACUUCAUGUUUCUGCUGGAAAAGGAAAUAAAGAAAUUUGUAAAAUGCUUUUUAUUAAAGGAGCUGAUGUGAAUGCAGUCAGUCUCAAUCAACAAACCGCCUUGCACAUUGCAGCUGACAAUGGUCAUGAAGAGUUAGUUAAAUUAUUGCUAGAAUAUGGUGCCGAAAUUGAUUGUAAAACAAAGAAUGGUGACACGCCACUUCAUGUUUCUGCUGCAAAAGGGUAUACAGAAAUCUGUAAAAUUUUAUUAAUUAAAGGAGCUGAUGUGGAUAUGGAUCAAGAAACUGCAUUGCACCUUGCAGUUGAGAAUGGUCAUGAAGAGACUGUUAAAUUAUUGAUAGAAUUUGGUGCCGACGUUGAUUGUCAAGGUUAUUAUGAUGAUGGCGACACACUACUUCAUGUUUCUGCUGCAAACGGGCAUAAAGAAAUAUGUAAAAUUCUAUUAAUUAAAGGAGCUAAUGCAAAUGUAGAAAAUUAUCUUCAAACGACCGCCUUGCACAUUGCAGCUGAAAAUGGUCAUGAAGAGUUGGUUCAAUUAUUACUAGAAUAUGGUGCCGUAAUUGAUUGUGAAAAUAGUGAUGGUUACACACCACUUUAUCUUUCUGUUAGAGGAGGAUAUAAAGAAAUCUGUAGAAUUCUAUUAUUUAAUGGAGCUGAUGAAGAUGCAGAAAGUGAAAGUCAAGAAACCGUCUUGCACUUUGCAGCUGAAAAUGGUCACGAAGAGAUUGUUAAAUUAUUGCUAGAAUUUGGUGCCAACAUUUAUUGUCAAAAUAAUUAUGGCUACACACCACUUCAUUAUUCUGCUAGAAAAGGAAAUAAAGAAAUAUGUAAAAUGCUUUUGAAUAAAGGAGCUGAUGUAGAUGCAGAAAACAAGUAUAAAGAAACCGCCUUGCACAUUGCAGCUAACUAUUGUCAUGGAGAGAUUGUUAAAUUAUUGCUAGAAUUUGAUGCCGACAUUGAUUGUCAAAAUAGUUAUGGCUAUUCACCACUUCAUUUUUCUGCUAGAAAAGGAAAUAAAGAAAUCUGUAAAAUGCUUUUAAUUCAAGGAGCUGAUGUAAAUGUAGAAGACAAGUAUAAAGAAACCGCCUUGCACAUUGCAGCUGACAAUGGUCAUGAAGAGAUUGUUAAAUUAUUGCUAGAAUUUGGUGCCGACAUUGAUUGUCAAAAUAAUUAUGGCGACACACCACUCCAUGUUUCUACCAUUCAAGGAAAAGAAGAAAUCUGUAAAAUGCUUUUAAUUCAAGGAGCUGACAUAAAUGCAGUCGGUAGGUAUGAAAAUACCGCCUUGCACAUUGCAGCUGAACAUGGUCAUGAAGAGACUGUUAAAUUGUUGCUAAAAUUCGGUGCCGAAAUUUAUUGUAAAAAUAAUAAUGGUAAAACACCUCUUCAUUUUUCUGCUGGAAAAGGAAAUACAAUCAUUUGUAAAAUGCUUUUAAUUCAAGAAGCUGAUGUAAAUACAGUAGAUAUGGAUCAAGAAACCGCCUUGCACUUUGCAGCUGACAAUGGUCAUGAAGAGACUGUUAAAUUAUUGCUAGAAUUUGUUGCCGAUAUUCACUGUAAAAAUAAAAGAGGCAACACACCACUUCAUCUUUCUGCUAGAAAAGGAAAUAAUGAAAUCUGUAAAAUGCUUUUGAUUAAAGGAUCAGAUGUAAAUACAGUAAAUGAUUAUCAGAGCACUGCCUUGUACAUUGCAGUUGAAAAAGAAUCAGUAGAUUUGGUUGAAUUAUUGUUAGAAUUUGGUGCCGAAGUUAAUUGCAAAAAUAAUAAUAACAGCACACCACUUCAUCUUGCUGCUGAGAAUGGAAAUACAAAAAUUUGUAAAAUGCUGUUAACUAAAGGGGCUUAUGUAAAUGCAGUAGACAAAUAUGUAGGAACCGCCUUGCACCUUGCAGUUGAGAAUGGUCAUGAAGAGACUGUUAAAUUAUUGUUAGAAUUUGGUGCCGAAAUUCAUUCUAAAAAUAUUAAUCGUAGAACACCACUUUAUUUUUCUGCAAAAAAUGGAGAAAAAGAAAUCUGUAAAAUGCUUUUAAUUAAAGGAGCUGAUGUAAAUGCAGUAGAUAUAUGUCAAGAAACCGCUUUGUACGUUGCAGCUAAAAAUGGUUUUAAAGAGACUGUUAAAUUAUUGACAGAAUUUGGUGCUCAAAUCGAUUGUAAAAAAAAUGAUGGUGACAGACCACUUUAUAUUUCUGUUAGAAGAGGAUAUAAAGAAAUAUGUGAAAUUCUAUUAUUUAAAGGAGCUGAUGUAAAUGCAGUAGCUUGGCGUCAAGAAACCGCCUUACACUUUGCAACUAAAAAUCAUUAUAAAGAGAUUAUUAAAUUGUUGCUAAAAUUUGGUGCUGAAGUUAAUUGUAAAAAUAGUAAUGGUGAAACACCACUUUAUUAUUCUGCCAGAAAUGGAAGAGAAGAAAUCUGUAGAAUGCUUUUAAUUAAAGGAGCUGAUGUAAAUGCAGUAAAUCAAAAUCAAGAAACCGCUUUGCACAUUGCAGCUAAAAGUAAUCGUAAAGAGAAUGUUAAAUUGUUGCUAGAAUUUGGUGCUGAAAUUGAUUGUGAAAAUAGUGAUGGCGAUACACCACUUUAUCUUUCAUUUAAAAAAGGAUAUAAAGCAAUUUGUGAAAUUCUAUUAUUUAAAGGAGCUGAUGUAAAUGCAGUAAGUCAGCGUCAAGAAACCGCCUUGCACAUUGAAGCUAAUAAUAAUAAUUAUAAAGAGACUGUUAAAUUGUUCCUAGAAUUUGGUGCCGAAAUUGAUUGUAAUUAUGAUGUACCUAGUGAAUUGCGCAAUGUUAUUAAUUGUCACUUAAUUAAAAGAAAAACAGCAAAUUUAAUUGUAAGCGAAAAAUAUCUAUUAUUUUCCAGUGACAAGCGCAUGGGGUGUGAUUAUCAGAAAAAAUGUGAGAAAGAAGUAUUACGGUUGAAGAAUGAAAAAAUUAAUAACACAUACAUUUCGUUCUUUGACAUAUUGAGUAAAGAUUGCUUAUUAGCAAUGUACAUGAAAAAUGAGAAUAUAGUGCAGGUUCUAAAAUCACUGGAUUAUAAAAAGAAGUUUCCAAUUUACGGCAACAUGAUAAUGUGUAAUUUUCUAAAGGGUAUGAAAAGAAGAGAGUUACUAGACCAAUGUUAUAAAAUUUUUCCUCUGUUAUGUAACAACUUUACCAAGUCACCACAAUGUUAUACUGAAAUCAUACUUAGUUACUUAAAUGACAAGGACUUAAGUAAUUUAUUUAAGGCUUGUUAGUCUCUUAACAUCGGUAAACCUAGUUUGUAAACAGAAAUUAAUUUUCAAAUAAUAAUUUUUUGACAGAUUUUAAUUUAGUUGUAUGACUGUCAGACGGAUUUGCUUUUUUCGUAAAAUUGAAAAGUAGUACGUACGUAGAUGCUUCUUUGAAGUUAUAUUUUCUCUAUCAUUAAAAUGUUUUUCGUUGGUCAAAAUUGUGCCAUAUUUUCUUUCUUUUGUGAAAUUAAUGUUAGUUAACUAAUUUUAAGAUAUAUAAAAAAAGAGAAGAAAAAUUAAAUAAAGUUAAUGGAAAUUCUUUAUUCCUAAAUAAUAGGAAAUUUAUUUUUUCUUUAUUUAAAUUAUGUAUUUUUAUAUUUACGUAAGAAUUAAUAGUAAGUAAACUAAAUUGUAAUUAGAAAUAA